CAAAUAUUCGCACUAGUUCACAAUGGCAGCUACGCUCAACUUGUUGUGUUUGUUUGUGCUGCUCUUCUUCCUGAAGGGCAUACUCCAGCUAAGCGCAGCUGCUAAUCCUAUGCUAUUGCCCUGGGAUGAAGAGGACUCGGAUCUUAUGGUGGAGGUGGGCAAAAUUCUAUGUCGCGCCCGAAUCAAAGUGCUCUUCGUGUACUUUGAAAAUCAAUCGACACAUGAUCAUUCCGGCGAAAUAUUGCGUGAGGUUACCAAAUGCGACACAUCCUAUAUAUCAAUUCGAAAUAAAUUUCUUCCGCUCGAGGCAGUCAAAGAUGAUGGCAUAUUGAUGUACAUGGUUAUGAUAAUCAAGGACAUAUCGCAGCCGCUAAAGUUAUCUUUGAUCAACAAGAAGUCGGCGGCCAAGCAUCUGUCCCAUGUUCUGCUGCUAGUGCGAAAUGCAGAGAAUCUUUCAGUGAACUGGAUGCGUGCGAGCUUUCGUCAGUUCUGGAGCAUUUGGUUGUUGAACAUAGUUAUAAUCUUCCAUCGGGAUGGCCGCCUCCACAUCUAUCGCUAUAACCCAUUCACGGAUAACUUUCUGCUGCCUGUGGACGUGGCGCCGCAUGAGUUGCCAACCCUACAGCAGCUGUUCCCAAAGAAUGUCCCGAAUAUGCAUCGCAAGCCGUUGCGCAUAUGCCUCUACAUGGACGAAGUGCGUGCGAUUUAUGGUCCAAACGGCAAGCUCAUGGGCACAGAUGGACUGCUCGCCAGCUACAUAGCGCAGCGUAUGAAUGCGACCAGGAUAAUCACACGCCCGUUGUUCUACAACCAAAGCACGGAUAUAUGCUACAAGGAGAUAGCCAAUGAGUUUGAUGACUUGGCCAUGAAUAUACGUUUCCUUGCACCGGACACGUUCAAGAAGCGCAUCGAAGCGACCAUCGCGCACAAUCGCGAUGAUCUGUGCGUGAUCGUUCCCAAAGCCAAGGCGGAACUAUUGUUUUGGAACAUAUUUCGUUCAUUUGGAGGCUGGGUUUGGCUUGCCAUAGGCAGCUCCAUGGUGCUGUCCUAUUUUUUCUGCCGGCUGCUCCUCUCCUGCACCUCAUCGCUGCCCGUACACGGACGACUCAGACAUCGGCUUGGUCAGGGAGCAGCUUUUGAGCUGUACUCCUGCACCUUGGCGCAGCCCAUGGCGCACGUGCCCCGUAACAGUUCUGUCUGCGUGUUCCUCAUCUUGUGGCUGUAUUUUGGCAUGCUGAUUAGCACCGCAUUUCGUGGCAAUUUGACGAGCAUCAUCGUCUAUCGGAAGCCACUGCCGGACAUCAAUGAUCUGAGCGAGCUAGCUGCUUCGUCGUACAAGAUACUCAUGCGACGGCGUCAUAAGAAGCACAUACGCCAGUUCUUGAGCAUUGGCCAUGAGAAUGAGGCGAGGAUUAAGCAACAUAUGCGGGAGGUGCCCGACACGGAGCUCACCGACUAUUUCAAUCAGAACGAUCAGUCGUAUGCUUAUUUGGAGAAACAUCACAUUGGCUCGUUUCAGGUGAAUGCCAGGCAGCACAUGCAUCUGGGUCGGCCGUUAUUUCACCUCAUGGACAGCUGUCUGGUGCCCUUCCAUGCCGUCUACACGGUGCCCUAUGGCUCGCCCUAUUUGGGCUUUAUCAAUCAGCUAAUUCGUGGAGCCCAUGAAUUUGGCUUCGAGCGCUAUUGGGAUCGCAUUAUGAACACGGCGUUUAUUAAGUCUGGUACUAAGGUGCAAAACAAUCGACGGCACAACAACAGCGACGAUCCGGUCGUACUCAAACUGGAACACUUUCACGCCGUAUUCUUUCUAUGGGCCAUUGGCCUGGCUCUGGCGUUCUUGAUAUACUUAUGGGAGUUGCUGCAACAUAACUGGGCCAAAACAAAGCGCAAUCGCUAGACAGCAGCAUGCAUGCAAGCUUUAUACAUAUUUAUAGACAACAUAUACAUAUAU